CACCACGCGUAAGAAAAGUGCACACCUCGGUGAUCGUCCUGUGAACUGCACCUCGGAACUGAUCACCGGUCGUGGAAUGAACAGUGCCCCCCAGAUAUGUCCACAUCCCGACCCUGGACCUGUGAACGGCCGUGUCGGCAAGUCAGGAUGACAGGCAGAUAACCUGCAGUGGAGGGGCCAGCCCUCCCUCGCCUCCCCCCAGAUAUGUCCACAUCCCGACCCCAGACCUGUGAACGGCCGUGUCGGCAAGUCAGGAUGACAGGCAGAUAACCUGCAGUGGAGGAACCAGCCCUCCCUCGCCUCCCCCCAGAUAUGUCCACAUCCCGACCCCAGACCUGUGAACGGCCGUGUCGGCAAGUCAGGAUGACAGGCAGAUAACCUGCAGUGGAGGAACCAGCCCUCCCUCGCCUCCCCCCAGAUAUGUCCACAUCCCGACCCCGGACCUGUGAACGGCUGUGUCGGCAAGUCAGGAUGACAGGCAGAUAACCUGCAGUGGAGGAACCAGCCCUCCCUCGCCUCCCCCCAGCGAUGUGGGCAGAUUCAGGAAAUUGUUGAAAUUGGAGAACUAACGCCGUGGCCUCUCAGGAGGAAGGACGAGCGCACGAGCCCUCUCCUCCCCGCCUGGCCUUGGCCUGUCCAGUGCUCGGCGGGCAUCCCGCGAGGAGGCGCCGGCGAGUGGGGGGGUCAGUGAGCCACGUGGGCGCCACGGCACCCGGCUCUGCCCGCCAGCUGUCUGUCCACUGUGGAGGCGGCCAGUCACCUCGUUCCGCACUUUUCCGAAUCGGGCAGAUGAGCAACGUGGAGCUGGAUGAUGAGCUUUUAGACCCGGAGAUGGACCCUCCCCCUCCCUUCCCCAAGGAGAUCCCACACAAUGAGAAGCUCCUGUCCCUCAAGUACGAGAGCCUGGACUACGACAACAGCGAGAACCAGCUGUUCCUGGAGGAGGAGAGGCGGAUCAACCACACGGCCUUCCGGACGGUGGAGAUCAAGCGCUGGGUCAUCUGCGCCCUCAUCGGGAUCCUCACGGGCCUGGUGGCCUGCUUCAUCGACAUCGUGGUGGAGAACCUGGCCGGCCUGAAGUACAAGGUCAUCAAGAACAAUAUCGACAAGUUCACCGAGAAGGGCGGGCUGUCCUUCUCCCUCCUGCUCUGGGCCACGUUGAACUCUGCCUUCGUGCUUGUGGGCUCCGUGAUCGUGGCGUUCAUAGAGCCGGUCGCAGCUGGCAGUGGGAUCCCGCAGAUCAAGUGCUUCCUCAAUGGGGUGAAGGUCCCCCACGUGGUGCGACUCAAGACGCUGGUGAUCAAAGUGUCUGGCGUGAUUCUGUCCGUGGUCGGAGGACUGGCCGUGGGAAAGGAAGGGCCGAUGAUCCACUCGGGCUCCGUGAUCGCCGCCGGGAUUUCCCAGGGGCGGUCCACGUCGCUGAAGCGGGAUUUCAAGAUCUUCGAGUACUUCCGCAGAGACACGGAGAAGCGGGACUUUGUCUCUGCAGGCGCUGCUGCGGGGGUGUCGGCUGCGUUCGGAGCCCCAGUGGGUGGGGUCCUGUUCAGCCUGGAGGAAGGCGCCUCCUUCUGGAACCAGUUCCUGACGUGGAGGAUCUUCUUCGCUUCCAUGAUCUCCACCUUCACCCUGAACUUCGUGCUGAGCAUUUACCACGGGAACAUGUGGGACCUGUCCAGCCCUGGCCUCAUCAACUUCGGCAGGUUUGACUCGGAGAAAAUGGCGUACACAAUCCACGAGAUCCCUGUGUUCAUCGCCAUGGGCGUGGUGGGUGGCGUCCUUGGGGCCGUAUUCAACGCCCUGAAUUACUGGCUGACGAUGUUCCGGAUCAGGUACAUCCACCGGCCCUGCCUCCAGGUGAUCGAGGCCAUGCUGGUGGCAGCCGUCACGGCCACCGUGGCCUUCGUGCUGAUCUACUCCUCCCGGGACUGCCAGCCCCUGCAAGGGAACUCCAUGUCCUACCCCCUCCAGCUCUUCUGCGCAGACGGCGAGUACAACUCCAUGGCCGCCGCCUUCUUCAACACUCCGGAGAAGAGCGUGGUCAGCCUUUUCCACGACCCACCAGGCUCCUACAACCCUCUGACCCUCGGCCUGUUCACCCUGGUCUACUUCUUCCUGGCCUGCUGGACCUAUGGGCUCACCGUGUCCGCAGGGGUCUUCAUCCCGUCCCUGCUCAUUGGGGCCGCCUGGGGCCGGCUCUUUGGCAUCUCCUUGUCCUACCUCACAGGGGCAGCGAUCUGGGCGGACCCCGGCAAGUACGCCCUGAUGGGAGCCGCCGCCCAGCUCGGUGGGAUCGUGCGGAUGACCCUGAGCCUCACGGUCAUCAUGAUGGAGGCCACCAGCAACGUGACCUACGGCUUCCCCAUCAUGCUGGUGCUCAUGACUGCCAAGAUCGUGGGCGACGUCUUCAUCGAGGGCCUAUACGACAUGCACAUCCAGCUGCAGAGCGUGCCCUUCCUGCACUGGGAGGCCCCGGUCACCUCACACUCGCUCACUGCCAGGGAGGUGAUGAGCACCCCAGUGACCUGCCUGAGGAGGAAGGAGAAGGUGGGCGUCAUCGUGGACGUGCUCAGCGACACGACGUCUAACCACAACGGGUUCCCCGUGGUGGAGCAUGCAGAUGACUCCCAGCCCGCCCGGCUCCAGGGCCUGAUCCUGCGCUCCCAGCUCAUCGUCCUGCUGAAACACAAGGUGUUCGUGGAGCGCUCCAACAUGGGCCUUGUGCAGCGGCGGCUGCGGCUGAAGGACUUCCGCGACGCCUACCCGCGCUUCCCGCCCAUCCAGUCCAUCCACGUGUCCCAGGACGAGCGCGAGUGCACCAUGGACCUCUCCGAGUUCAUGAACCCCUCCCCCUACACGGUGCCCCAGGAGGCGUCUCUCCCUCGGGUGUUCAAGCUGUUCCGGGCGCUGGGCCUGCGGCACCUGGUGGUGGUGGACAACCGCAAUCAGGUGGUCGGGCUGGUGACCAGGAAGGACCUCGCCAGGUAUCGCCUGGGAAAGGGCGGCUUGGAGGAGCUCUCGCUGGCCCAGACGUGAGGCCCGGCCCCGCCCUCAGCGGGCAGUGGCUCCCCUGGCCCCUUUAGCCCCUCCUGGGGUGUCUGAUCUCUCUGCCACAGCCUCACCUCCCGAGCAGUGGCAGGAGCGAGCGUCCCCCAGACUUGGGGCCAGGCUGGCUGGCAUGUGAACGUAGCCUUGGUUGAGGGUGGCUGGUCAUGGUCUCACUGUGUCCCCUGUGCCGUGGCCCUGGACUUGGCUCCCUCCCUCUGGGGUCUUAACUUCAGGAUCAAGUGCGUGUGCGACACCCCCUGGGCUUCAGUGACAGCCCCGGCCGCAGUUUGAGAGUUUGCCAAGAGUUUGAGUGGCAGGUGGCCCUGGAGAGCAGCCUUGGGUGGGCUCCCCGGGGAGCCACACAUGCACCCUGGUCUGUGCCCCGGCUCAGUGACUAUGGGUCUGGGGUCCUCAGAGCUGAGAAGGAACUCUGAGGGCCUCAACCCCCAAAUCCAGCCAUGCCUCUGUCACCCUGAGCCCUCAGAGCUGGGGUCCCCACACCCGUGGCCACCGGCUGGCAAAGCGGGUCUGCCAGCGACACAGUGCAGGUGGCUCACGCGGGCUGUGAUGAGCCGUGCGGGCCCCUCGGAGCCACCUCCUAGCCGCCAGGGCGGGGCUUGGUGUCCCUCGGUCCCCAGGGCUCCUCGCACAGGACGUUGCACAGAGGGGUUUGUGUCCCUGCCGGGUGUCUGUUGAGGCAGCACCAGACCGAGUUGUCCGACCAGCCAGCGCCACUUUCUCGUUCCCGCCCGCCUGGACCACGGCCCCGCAGCCCGGGACUUUCAGGGGCCCUGGGGAUCGGGGUUGCAAGUGUGGUGGGGACCAGGCCAUCCUGUAAACGGCUUCCCCCGAUGGCCAUGGACCCCAGGAGCACUGACCACCACGUCCUAUCCUCAUCCCUUCCCUGGGGCUGAAGAGCCUGGUGUCCACCUUUCUGUGCCCAUGCCUGGGCACUGUCCCAGGGACCCCGAGUUGGCCCCAGCAGGUCCGGAGCAUCUGAACUGGCGGAAGGAGAUGCCCCAGCAGGCCUCAGACGCAGAACCAAAAACGCAUGUGCAAUGUCCCUCAACAACUGUUUUAUACAGAUUUCAUGUUGAAAUAAUAUUUUGGAUAUAUUAGGUUAAAUAAAGUGACCUAUUGAAGUUU